AUGAGUGCUAGUAAAAAGAUCGAAAAGAAAGUCACAGAGGAUGUUCCAACAGAAGAGAUUGAAAAGACAGUUGAUGAAGACCAGUUUCUGGCUGAAGUAAUCAACGUAUACAGUGUAAUUGGUUCUGGUGGUUCAUUGAGACAAUGUAGGGUGGAAGUAAAGAAAACUGGUAGAACACUAAUUAGAGCAAUUUAUGGUCCAGUGAAAGUUGGCGACCUGAUUCAACUUAGAGAUUGUGUGAGAGAAUCAAGAAAAUUCAAGUAA